CGAAUAUUGAAUAACUAUAUCCGCAACCAAAUUUAACAAAGUUCUUUGAAAGUGCUAUUCCUAUUAAUAAGUGGUCAUAUCUAUCAUAUUUCCUAUUGUCAAACUUUCGGUUUUUUCACUAGUUCAAUUUCUUGUUUUUCAUUGGUCACCAACACAUUAUAGUACACAUCAAUUCAAAUGGUGCUUUACAAAAGAAAACAAGUUACAUUUGUACCUCCUCCUGAGAUUCCCAGCGAUCUUUCGACUGAAGUAUACUUCAUUCGUGAGACCAAGGAAUGGUUUCUCACCUAUGAUGAGUACCUAGCCCGUUUAGACUACUACCACAAACGUAAGUUUGUCUGUGAAAUCACCGGGAAUUCGUGUUUGAACUUUUUUGAGGCUCUUGAAUCGGAAAACAAGGAAAUCAAAGGUGUUGAAAAGAACUUCCCGGAAGCACUCAGAGAGCAUAUCUUACGUUUCCUCCAGUUCAAUAGAAUCACCCGUCUCGACCAGCUUGUUGAUAAAGUGUACCUGGUGUUCAAAAACGACUAUUUCCCAGGUGAGACCAUCUACAUCAGAGCCGGAACGAUAACAAAUAUUGGCUCCGAAUCUGAUGCUGAACAUACUUCAUCUACAAAACAGAGAGGUACGAUUCGUGAGAAAGUACAGUACGGCCAGUCUGAUGGUGUCACGACCAAGUACUUGGUAGUAAGAUUGACAGACAUGCAGCAGUCGAUUGUGACUACAGACAAAAUCUCGCGUGACAGAAACCAUUUCACCAAGUGGUUGAUCAAGACCUUCAUCAAGUUAACCAUGUCUCGUUCUCACAAGGUAGGCGCACCCUGGGUAGUUAAGGAUAAGUUUGCGAAGAAGUACAGAAUUCCUCAGGAGUAUCCAGAUGAUUUGAAGCAGUUUGCAGACUCGACACCUACAGGUGAGACCCAGUAUGAAGUGCAACUGAAGAAGGAAAUGGUAGAACUUGAGCCAGGAAAGUUUGUUGCUAUUGCACCUAAGAAUGGAAGCUCUGACAAGAAAGGUAUUGGUAAAAAAUACAACCCUGCAGUUGAUAAAUUGCCAGAAACUCCUUUCAAAAAGAAGUUUCCAACUCAUUAUUUGCCAGACCGAGUUGUCAAGGAAAUUGAAUCGACCCCAGCAAUUAAUUCCAGUGCUAGUGCUUCACUUCAACCCACAAAGAAACAUAUAACAGAUGACUUGGAGAUAAAGUUCGAUAUCCAGAAUGCUAAACCAUCUCCUCAAGCGUCGAUGUUACCGGAAAACUCGAUCUCUUGGAACAGACAUCUUGUUAAGGAGUACAAAGACGACAUCAAGCUGUUUGACGAAAAAGGCAAUGACGAUGAAGACAAGUUGGAAUCCGUAGGUGCCAAGGAAGAGAAGAUUGCUGAAGUGAAAAGAUUAUCUUCUGACAAAAUUAAGCAUGUUCAACAGGCAUUACAGUCGUGGAUUUUCAUCAAUGUAUACCAUUCAGUUUUGAACAUAGACACCUUUACUUUUGACGAUUUUGUCUAUGCCAUGGGGUGGAACUUAGACCAGUUCACUGAACUUGGAAGAUGUGAACUUCUUGAUGAAAUCUGGUGUUGCAUCCUCAGUGCAAUAGUAUCUAAUAGUGCUCCAACUAAAGAUAGUUCUACGGCUAAGGACAAAGAUGCCAUAUUCGGGUUGCAGAUCAAUUUACCUUCAAAAACGUCAUUGCUUGCUCCAGUCAGUAAUGGAAAGCAGGAAGAAGAAGAAGACUCUGAAGAAAGAGGCUCUGAUUCUGAAGAAGAUGAAAGGACUCUAAAGAUUGAAGAUGACGAUUCUGGAAACGAAUCAUCGGAAGAAACUGAAAAGACUUCUAAGGUCAACAAUGGCAAAUCCGACAAGACAAAGAAGGCUAUUGAAGAAGAAGAUGCUGAUAAUGAAGACAAUGACGAUCCUGAAGAAGACGAUAACGCCAUGGAAGUGGACGAAACAGAAGACUCCGAAUACGACCAAUUCAACCACUUUGCUUAUCAAGUGAUGAAUUACAGAGGCACUCCAUGGCACGACAGACUUCGCAAAAGAAAUUUUAAGGAUGGAAACUGGCAAUGUAUAUUGUUAGGAGUAUUGUCAUUGGUAGAUUAUGUCCCAAACUACAAACCCAUCAUUGAUAAGGUAUUCAAGAAAUUGGCACCUAAGACUAUGCCUGCUACACCGGCUACUGUCUUGAACCAGUUCUACGAGGAGAUGGACAUAGAUUUGAAGUUCCAAACGUUGAACAUUUUGGUAGAUUUACUUAUCAGUGGAUCUGUGGUGAGAACGUAUAUUGAUGAGUGUUUGGAGUCUUCUACCGUCUUCAGAAGAAACAGAUUGGACAGUAUAAAAGAAUAUAAAUCGACCUUAGAUGCUGCUCAGAAGGCCAACACUUCUGUUUGUGAGAUUUUUGCAAAGCAUUCAGAGUCUAAAAAAGAUGCUGAUAAAGACGAUUCUGCUAGCAAACGUCCGCGAUUGAACUACUCCAAGUCUAUGGAAAUGACAGAAGAAGAACAGAAACUUUCUGAAAAGAAUUCUGAAUUUAAAGAGCUUUGGAAUGUGAGAAAAGAAGCUCUUUUGAAGUUAGAUCAGAUCAAAAAGGAUAAGCGAGAAAUUGAAAAGAAGUUGACUGAGUUAGAUUGUCAGAGAGUGAAGUUAUUGGGAAAGGACAGAUUGUACAAUAGAUACUGGUGGUUUGAAAAUAACGGUUUACCUACCUUGCAUGGCGUUUCGAAUGAUGAUGAUGAAAACGAAGAUGAAGACAAGGAAAAGGAAAGGGACAAGAACGACGAGGAAGUAGACGAUGACAACAAUGAAGUUUUAGAAGAGACGUAUCUAAUGGGAAAGUUGUGGGUUCAAGGUCCUUCCAAUGAAGACUUGCGGAUUCACUUCAAGAGCUCGUUUGAAUUGGCGAAUGAGUUCAAUGUAGAGUAUGAAACUGCUGAAUUUGAAUUGCAUGAAGAAAAUGAGCGUUUGAAGGAACUUAAAAAGGACGACGAUGAAUCCGGUCAAGAGGAUAAGAAGAACCAGAUACGGGAAAUGGACUUCAACGUAAUUCCUAAACCAUUUGUACACGCAGCUUCGAAACUAUACGAUUUAGAAUUCACAAGUAAGGAAAUCUUAAACAGCAAAUCAAAGGCUGUUAUUAUUGACCGCCAAGGAGCCUUGAAGACUACAGAAUUAAUAAAUUCAUUAACUUCAUUCCAGAGAAAAGCUAUUGAAGAAUAUCCACAUCCAUUGGUCAAUGGCAGCAACUGGCGGUACUACGACCAUCCGGAUCAGAUUUCUAAGUUGCUCACGUGGUUGAAUCCUUGGGGAAAGCGAGAAUCGCAAUUGCGGAAGGAGUUGCUCACCGUCAAAGAUGCCGUAGUUCUGAGUAUGGAGGCCAGAAGAAAGGCUCUUUCUAUGGACAAUGCCUCAGAAGCUGAAGCAGCCAUUGAAAGUGAUAUAGCCAAACUUCAAGAGCGGAUUGACAAAUUAAAUUCUUCGGAAACUGAAAGCAACAGUGAAGACAACGAUGAUGAUAUCAUUGCUGGAUCUAAGAGAAGUUUGAGAAAGAGAGUUCAACCUCGCAAACGUCAAGCAGUGCUGACUUUGGAAGAGGCUUUAGAAUAUGGUGAUCUUGUGGAUGUGGAAAAGAUGCAGAACGAAUUGAAGGAGAAGUUGCAAGAAAAAAGAGAAGAACGAGAUUUGGCCAGAGUGUUGGAAUGGGUUAACUCAAAAGCUUUGGAAAAGUUCGAUAAGUCAUUGUAUGACGGUGGCGAUAAAGUGAAAGGCAAGACUUCUAAGAGAGGCAGACGUUGAGGAAGUUGAUUGACCCCAUAUUAGAUUUUGAUUGUAUUAUUAAGAUAUGUAUUAUAAAAUGUGUUUAUU